CGGUGUUCGGAGUCCGGCACCAUGGCGCUGUGUGAGCGUGUUGCUGGCGGGAGCUCUUUGCUCUGGCCUCGCGUGUUGCUUUUCGGGGACUCCAUCACCCAGUUUUCUUUCCAGCCGGGUGGAUGGGGCGCAUUGCUGGCUGACCGACUUGUCAGAAAAUGUGACGUUCUGAAUCGUGGAUUUUCAGGUUACAACACCAGAUGGGCCAAGAUUAUCCUCCCAAGACUAAUUAGGAAGGAGAACAGUGUGGAAACCCCGGUGGCAGUUACCGUCUUCUUCGGUGCCAACGACUCCUCUCUCCAAGGUGAGAACCCCAAGCAGCACGUCCCACUGGAUGAGUACAGAGCGAACUUGCGGGACAUGGUGCAGUACCUGACGUCUGCGGGCAUCCCCCAGGAGCGAGUCAUCCUCAUCACCCCGCCCCCGCUGCACGAAGCAGCCUGGGAGAAGGAAUGCAUCCUGAAAGGGUGCAAACUAAAUCGCCUGAACGCAGUUGUGGGUGAAUAUGCUAAUGCAUGUGUACAAGCAGCCAGAGACUGUGGGACGGAUGUCCUCGACCUGUGGACCCUGAUGCAGAAGGACAACCAGGUACUGUCGUUUUCUCAGUCCUUUCAGGAUCACAGACAUAAAGCAGGACUUCUCAUCCUAUCUAUCAGAUGGCCUGCAUUUAUCACCAGUGGGAAACGAGUUUCUGUUCUUAAACCUCUGGCCGCUGCUGGACAAGAAACUCUCCUCUCUGCCAUGGCUGCUUCCCUACUGGAAGGACGUGGAGGAAGCAAAGCCCGAGCUGAGUCUGCUAGGGGACGGAGACCAUUAGUCGGCCCGGGAAACCUUCCCAGUUGGUAAUUCACAAACAUCUAGAAGCUAAUUAAACAUUUUUUCAAGAUUAA